AUGCCUAUAGCAAUGCGAUCGAUCGAGCCCGGUUCAGAGGAUAUCGAGCUCCAUAUAGCACAUAAAAUGAUGUUCGGAUUCAAGCUUGCGGCCUCGUUCGUCGCUCUCGCAGCUGGUGUUGCUGGGUACUGGCCAGGACCUCAUAACUCUGAGUGUGGUGACGGUGUACCAACCCGUUGCUCACGCCUUCCUUUACACCUCAAGCUCGUCAAUCAAACCUAUACUCUGCCCGACCCUUUCCACUUUGUUGGUGGCCAACCAGUUCGUAAUCAAGAAGAUUGGGCCUGUCGUUCGGCGGAGAUUCGAGAGCUGUUCCAGAAGUAUGAGCUCGGGUACAAGCCAGCCAAACCUCUAGUCUUCUCCUCAACCUUCUCCAACAACACGCUGAACAUUGUUGCGGGAUUGUCGGAGAGCAAGACCAUAAACUUCUCUGUACCGAUCACGCCAGCCGUCCACACGGGUAGUGGACUAAGUCCUGCAAUCAUCGUAUACGAUGCUCCGAGCAUUCCCAUCCCUUCGCAGGUCGCCACAAUCACUCUCAACGUCGACCAGAUCGCACAGCAGGACAGUGUCGCCAGUCGUGGCAUCGGACUCUUCUACGACCUUUACGGCAAUGACACGACCACAGCCGGUGCCUUGAUGGCCUGGGCGUGGGCUGUAUCUCGAAUCGUCGACGCACUCGAGGCUCAUCCCGAGGUAGGGAUCAAUCCUGCGAAGCUAGCUGUGACCGGCUGUUCGAGGAAUGGGAAAGGUGCCAUGGUCGCUGGCGCUUUCGACAAGCGCAUUGCGUUGACCAUCCCGCAAGAGUCUGGUUCUGGAGGCGAUGCGUGCUGGCGUACGAGUCGAGACAUGCUUGUCAACCGCAAUCUCGCGACUCAGACAGCGAAUGAGAUCGUGGGCGAGAACGUGUGGUUCAGUGAGUCCUUCAACUACUUCGGCCAAGACAAUUAUACUGUAGCACUGCUCCCUGUGGACCACCAUGAGCUUGCUGGCCUGGUAGCACCUCGUGGUCUUUACAGUACUGAGAAUGUGGGCUUCCUGUGGCUCGGCGACUGGUCGAACCUGGAAUGCAUGUCUGCAGCGAACAAGAUAUACCAAGCUCUGGGUGCCAAGGAUCAUCAAGGCUUCUCACAAGAUGGGCCGCACGAUCAUUGCUCGUUUCCUGCAGAUCAGGACGCAGAGGUUGCCGCAUUCUUCAACAGGUUUCUGCUCGACGAGGCGGUAGAUACUGAUGUGUUCCGUACCGUGGGCAAUUGGACAUUCGAUCCAAAGUGGACGCCCUGGACGGUGCCGAAUCUGGCCUGA